CCUGAGCCUGCAUCCGCCGGUGGACGGUGGCGGGGGGCUUCGAACGGCCACCAACCCCACCCUCGCCCGAAACCCCCGCAGCGAGCGUGGGAGACAUGGCACCGCUCCCACCACCACCUGCGGCUCUCUCCCCCGUCUGCCGCGUCUUCCUUCCUGCCUCCAGCCCCCGUCGCGCCUUCCCCUCCACGGCGCUCUCUCCCCUCAGAAGGCGCCCCAGAUUCACGGCCAGGAGUAGCAGCGGAAGCGGCGGCGGCGGGGGCACGCGCCCCGAGCCCAAACCUGGCGAUAACGAGAGCAAGGCUGUCCUGGACGCCUUCUUCCUCGGGAAGGCCUUCGCGGAGGCGCUCACCGGGAGGGUCGAGUCGGUGAUUGGCGAGGUGUUCAGUGUCGUCGGGCAGUGGCAGGCCGAGCAGCAGAAGCAGGUCCAGGAAUUCCAGGAAGAAGUAUUUCAGAGAGCCCAGAAAGCAAAGGAGAGAGCGGCCAUGGAAGUCACUGAUGAUAAGGGGCCAAAGACUCUAAGUGAACCUUCAACAACCAUUGCGAUGCCUGCACCUACGUCACCUCCUACUACUCCCACCGCGGAAUAGGUCUAUCUUUCUAGGUGGUGUUGAAGAGUUGGUGCUGUUGCAUGUAGAUGCAGUUUUGAGUUGAAGAGAUUCUCCCAUGAUAUGUAUCGAUUAAAAUAGCCUUUGACAGUGAAAAUCCAGCAUUUUAAUUAAAAGUCUAUGGUACACUAUCACAUAUGGAUGGAAUGAAAUAACAGUUAACUUUCA